GCUCUGAAACCAAAAAGCAGAUCAGCUUCUUUUCAUCCCCUUCCAGCUCGCGGCGGGGGUCAUCGAAGGGAACCCUCUCCGCCCCUCUGCCCUUCCACCGCCGACCGCCACCUCCAAGGGAUUCAUCUCUCCCCAUCCUCAUCCUCCCCCUCCGCCGCCGCUCUGCUGGACCGGACCGGCGUGGAGCAGAGAUCCAUCAGGGCCUGGAUUUGCUUUUCCUGCUGGUGGCGAACCCUAGCCUGCUUCGGAUUGCCCGGAGAGCCUGAUCUGUUCCUCCCUUCGCGCAGGGAGAGCAACUGGAGGUUUCGCUUGGCGCUCUGUUGAUGGUACAAUGAGCAGGCACAACACCCGCAAUAAGAACAAGAGGCCACGCGCCGAUGAGUCUGCGAGCCCGUCUUAUGCUGCUCUCAAGAGGAUACAUUCCACUGGCGCCAUCACGCAAGAUGAUAUUAGGCAACUUUACAGCGUGUGGAAGCCGGUUUGCCAGGGCUGCCAUGGGAACACCAAGGACUCACCCAAUUGUUUCUGCGGGUUGAUCCCCACCACCGGUGGGACGAGGAAGACUGGCCUCUGGCAGAAAAAUGGCGAGCAUGUCGGUAGCCUCGGCCCUGACCCAUCCAAGGACCUCCGUGCUUCCACUGAGACGCCUGCUGGAUUGACUAAUCUGGGCGCGACAUGUUAUGCUAACAGCAUACUUCAGUGCCUCUAUAUGAACACUUCCUUCCGUUCAGGCAUUUUCUCGCUAGAGCCAGACAUCUUGAAGAAGCAACCUGUUCUCGAUCAGCUGGCUCGAUUAUUUGCGCAGCUACACUCCAGCAAAAUGGCUUUCAUUGAUUCAGCACCUUUCAUCAAGACCUUGGAACUAGACAACGGUGUCCAGCAGGACAGUCACGAAUUUCUCACCUUGUUUUUGUCUCUGCUCGAGCGUUCGUUAAGUUACUCCAGGGUCGCUGUUGCAAAAACUAUUGUGCAAGAUUUAUUUCGUGGAAGUGUGUCGCAUGUGACUCGGUGUUCAUCAUGUGGAAGGGAUUCUGAAGCAUCUUCAAAAAUGGAAGACUUCUAUGAACUGGAACUGAAUAUUAAAGGUUUAAGUAAUUUAGAGGAAAGUCUGGAUGACUAUUUGAGCGUGGAGGCACUGAAUGGGGAGAACCAAUAUUCCUGCGAGUCAUGUCAGAAAAGGGUAGACGCCACCCGUUGUAUAAAACUUCGCUCGCUUCCUCCUGUUGUUAAUUUUCAGCUGAAGCGAUAUGUAUUCCUACCAAAGACAACAACGAAGAAAAAGAUUUCUUCAUCAUUCAGUUUUCCGGGACAGCUAGAUAUGGGGAAGCGGUUGUCGGAUCCUUCAUCCAAUUACAUUUAUGGCCUGGCUGCUAUUUUGAUUCAUAAGGGUAGUGCUGCUAAUAGUGGUCACUAUGUGGCACAUAUAAAGGAUGAAAGCAAUGGUCACUGGUGGGAGUUUGAUGAUGAGUGUGUAUCCAGCCUUGGUUUUCACCCUUUUGGUGAAAAACCAGGCAAGUCAUCUGAAAAAGCGGAUCAGAAAUCUGAAGGUACUUCUACCGAAGGUUCUGUGGCAAAUGGUAAUAACAGUAGCCAUCAUGAGGCUGCACCGACUUCUAAUAUGGGAGAGAUGUUCUCUUCCACUGAUGCUUACAUGCUAAUGUACAAACGUUCGAGCAAGGAUGAAAAUGGUAUUAAAAGCAAUAAUAUUGUGGAAGCCAGUAAUAGUUCACUUCCACGCCAUCUGAUGGAUGAGAUUGAUGCUUUGAAUGCAUCAUGUGUAAACGAAUGUGGCGAGUACCUAAGUAAAAAAGAUAACCUUUUGGCUUCCAUACAAGAAAGGCGCCAAGAAGUAAAAUCUGUUAUUACAGAAGCACCUGCUACUCCAGACGAUGAUUCAUAUUUUUGGAUUUCACUAGACUGGCUUCGCCAAUGGGCGGAUAAUGCUACCCCUCCCUCUUCCAUUGACAACAUUCCAAUUCAGUGUGAACAUGGAAAAGUUCCAGCAUCUAAAGUCACAUCCAUGAAGCGGUUAUCGGCUAAAGCUUGGGAGAAGCUACUUUCCAAAUACGGAGGAGGACCAACACUCAGCAAGGAUGAUGUUUGCAAGGAGUGUCUCAAGGAUGUAGCAAAAACUGCAGUUUCUGCUGAUGUCUAUCGUGAUCGGAAAGCAUCGUUAAAGAAUCUUGCAGAAGCUGCACUUGCUGGAAGUAUUCCAGAAGGUCCUUCUUACUUUAUUUCGAAGGCAUGGUUGUCCCAUUGGCUGCGAAGAAAAAAUGUGGAUAUCACUUUUGAUGCUGAUAAGGGACCAACAAGUGCUCUAAGAUGCAGCCAUGGGAAUCUUCUUCCAGAGCACGCUUCUGGGGCAAAGCGGGUAUCUGUGCCAGAGAGCCUAUGGCUAUUUCUCUAUGAAACCAUUGCAAAGGAAGCUGAUGAUAUUGUGACUUUUCCGUCAGAUACUCAACCAUGCGAGAUCUGUGACCACAAAUUGUCAGCUGUUGCUUCUGUUGAGGAUAGUCUUAGAGCGGUGAAACUGAAGCAACGACAGAGCCAUGAAAAGUUAAUCUCUGGGAAAGGCUUUGCACUUAAUCCUGGACAAAAAUAUUAUUUGGUUCCUUCGUCGUGGUUGUCAGAAUGGAGAGCUUACAUUACAGCGACUGGAAAAAAUGUUUCGUCGUUACCAGAACCUCAAAGUCUUGAAGUUGCUAUAAAUUCACUUAAAUGUGAAAAGCAUUCUAGAUUGUUGCAAAGGCCUUUGGAUAUAGUUUACAAGCGUGGGGGCAUCACUCAGAAAACAUCGAAUACUGAUGGGUUAGCAAUCAUCUCAGAAUCCGACUGGCAAUCAUUCUCUGAGGAGUGGAACGUGGCACAUGCAGAUGGCGCAUGUGCUGAAAUUGUUUUUAGUAAGAGCUCAGAGGAUAAACCGCACGAGUCAUCUGAAGCAAUGGUAAUUUUGGAAAAAGAUCCGGACCAGUUUAUUAAUGGUGCAAAUGGUGACUCGGAGGACUGUAGACCCUAUGUCAGAACUGAUCCUGAGGUUUGUGAAGAAUGUAUUGGAGAAAGAGAGAGCUGUGCAUUGGUGGAGAAACUCAAUUACCAGAACGAAGAUAUCCAUGUUUAUCUUGUGCGUGGGAAAGAAGCACCAAAGUCAAUUAGGGAGGCAUCUGCAGCUCUUCCUGUUCCAGAUCGCCGGACUUCAAAGCGUUCUCGGAGAACAACCACAGGGAACUCAAUCAGUUUGAAAGUCUCUGGUUCUACAACCGUCUAUCAGUUGAAACUCAUGAUAUGGGAAUCUUUAGGGAUUGUGAAGGAGAAUCAGAAGCUUCAUAAAGGCCCUCUUGAGAUCGAAGAGGAUUUUGCGACUCUUGCUGAUAAGUGCAUUUUCCCUGGGGAUGUUUUGUGGGUUAAAGAUUCUGAAUUGUUUGAGGACCGUGAUAUAGCAGAUGAAAUUUCAGAGCCGAAGGCUGAUGCACUACCUGCUGAGGAAGGCUUUCGUGGUACACUAUUGACAUCAAGUGUAUCAGCUCAGCUUUGUCAGGACAUAGUAUCGAGUGAAUGAGUUUUCAUGUGAUCUACAUCGCUGCAUGCAUACAUUGGCAUCGCUGCUGGUUACUCUUGCUUAGAGGAAUCUGAUGUUUGGUCAUACCAAGUUACGGGAUCCGCUGGACGUGGCUGGAAUUUUCGUCUAUGGCUGUCUCCGUGCUUUGUCUUUUCAAUCUGUUGUAUCCCAAUUGUCCACAGUGAGGGGAAAAAGGAAGAGGUUCUGAUGCACUCUUCUCUGAUGUAAUUACUUAGGUGUAGUUGAUGACUAUUUCUGGCUCUGCCGCUUGGCGUCAGCGUAACCUUUUAUUUUUGUUCAUGAGAGCCGUGGGAAACUCCCUUGUACGGUUGGGACUAUGUCGACGUUUUGGCAAGGAGCCUUAAACUAGCUAGCGUCUGCUUGGAUGGGAGUGGUAGGGUCUGUUAUUCUUUUA